AUGUCAUACCUUUCAGAGCUUGCGGCGCUGACCGACGAGCUCAUUGAUGCCGUUGCCGCCGUCCCAAAGACUCAAAAGCGAAAACUCAAGUCCCUGAGGGAAUCAACAGUGCAAAGUCUGCUCAACCAGAACUUUCUUAGGACGAACCAGUUCGAGGUGCAGAAUCAGCUGACAGGGCUCGUUGAACGCUUCCGAGUCGUCAAUCGAGAGCCCCUCGGAGACGCCCUUGAGCAACGACUAGAGGCACUCAAGCCGCACGUCAACGACUUCACUCCUGAAGUCUUGCAGUUUCUUCUGGAGUUGUCCGACAAACCUGCGCAAAAGUCCAGACUGAGCGAUCUUGAGCGUCUGAAAGAGCCAGAGAAGGAUGCCGUACCCAAACUGACUUGGCGGCAAAUCGCCAAGGAAGAUGGUUGGGCUCAAGAGCGCGCUCUGUGGAAGAUUCUUGACCAUGCUCCCAGUUCAGACGAAGAAGACUACUAUGAACUCGAAGAAGCCCCUUCUGAUGUUUCCGUUGCAUCCCCAAGCACGGCUUCUUCAGUUCCAGACGAUGCUCCGCCCACAGCACAGGACUUGGCCAUCAAGCUUCCAGGCGGUGAAGAGCUCCUGAGACGGAUUUUAGACAGCCAGGACUGGAGAAAUGCUACCCACGAUCUUGACUCUCAGGGACGACAGCAGAAGACGCCCGUGACAAGUCUUCAAAUUCUCCGCGAAGUCGUAUUUAUGCUGCGCGGCCUGCCAACCUCUCUUUUUGACCCAGCAUGUAAACCUGUUCCCGGUUACAUACUGGAAGGAGUUUCAUGGCAAACCUACGAUGCUCUGGUGAACACCUUUUCUGAGUGUGGCCGAAAGCUCGCUCCGCUUCGCAUCUACGCUGGCAAAAAGGAAAAGGAAGAACCACUUCUCCAAGUGUUCCAGGACUCACUUCAAAAAGCUCUUCAGUCAUUUGACCAUGAACUGACUACUAUUCAAGGACGGUUUGUUGCCACUCACAAAGAUGUCAUUGUCAGCCUAGUGGCCAUCUUAACGGAACUGGGGCCUUCAUUAGCUCCGUUAUAUGUACUCUCCGGUAUUGUGCAGCAAGUCCAUCGGGAGCGCAACACGAAGGCAUUUCGCUACCUCGAACUGCUGUAUGACGCAGUUGGGAUGGCACAAAUGGAAGGCAGUCUUGACGCAUACAAGCUUCUUGGGACCAUCUUUCUAGAUUGCUUCCAGGUCUACCUGAAACCAAUCCGAUUCUGGAUGGAAGAAGGGGAACUCCUCGCCGGAGACCGUACCUUUUUCAUCGGCAAAUCAUCGGCGAGGCCCCAGUUGCACCAAAUAUGGGAGCAGCAGUUUCACCAACUCGUCAGCCCAGAAGGGGUCUUGAAUGCUCCACGGUUCCUGAGUCCCGCUGUUGAUCGAAUUGUUCGGGCUGGAAAGAGUAUCGUGGUCUUGAAGCAUCUCAAGAGAUAUUCACCUGUAGCAACCCGGGUGAAAGCAGAGGAGCCACCCAUGGAUUUUGCUGCGGUCUGCUCGGAUGUUACUAGCUUUGCGCCAUUCUCGGAGCUCUUUGGCAAUGCCUUCAACAAGUGGAUUCAAAGCAAGUAUCACUCAGCAUCGAUCACUUUGCUUGAUAUCCUGUUCGACUCGUACGGGCUCUCCCGGGCAUUCGACGCUCUCCGAUGUCUCUACCUUAUGUCCGAUGGCGCUACCUCGGAUGCAUUUGCCUCGACCAUCUUCAGACAGCUGGACAACUUCAGCACGAGCUGGAACGACAAGUUUACACUGACCGAGAUUGCUCAGGAGGCAUUUUCACAGUGUGUGGCCGGGCAUCGCUUGUCUGCCGAUAUCGACCAACGGUACAUUGCCGACAGUCCAGCCGCUUCCCGAGCAUCAGUCCGCAGCACGCUCCCUGCUAUUCGCCUCAUCUACCACUUACCCUGGCCCAUUCAGAUGAUUAUCAGCCCGGCCGAGGUCAAGGGUUACCAAACAAUGUUUGUUUUCCUGCUGCAGACCCGCAGAGCCAUCUACCUCCUCAAGCAUCCCCUCCUAGGAACCACUGCCACACCAGCCCGUCACCAGUCCACUUAUUACCUCCUCCGCACAAAGCUCCUCUGGUUCUGCAACACCAUAAUGAGCUAUCUCACCACCCUCGUCUUUGCGCCCAACAUCAACAAAAUGGACGAAGCCUUACAACACGCUCUGGACGUCGACGACGUCGGCGAGGUACACUCCAGGUUCCUCGACCGGAUCCUGAGCGAGACCUGCCAAGGCAAACGACUUCGUCCCAUCCGCGACUGCAUCCUGGACGUUUACGACCUGGCUAUCAAGCUGGAAGAUAGUCACCAAGCUGAGAUGGCCAGGCUGGAGGAAGAGCAGCAGGAGAUCUCGAGGCUCUCGACCUUUUCGGCUUCGCAGCAAAAGCUACAGCAGCAAAAACGCAAGACACGAGCAGGGAGGACGGCUUCGUUGUAUAGCAAGACGGGCUUAGGGGUAGGACUCGAUGGGGAGGGUGAUGGUGAUGAUGAUGAAGAAGGCGAGAAUGAUGCUGCUGCUAGAAACAACAAGUGGAAGAGAAGUAUCAUGGAGGAUGCCCGCGGGCGUGGUAACUCGACUGCUGCAGUCAUGAAGGAAAUGCACAGCGACUUUGAGCGACACCUCAGGUUUGUCGCAAGCGGAUUGAGGGGUGUGGCGAGGGGGAGCAGAGAGGAUGCGGCGGCCAAGUGGGAUUUGUUGGCAGAGAUGCUUGAGGGGGGAAUUAAAGAGGCGAGACAUGUUUUCUGA